UACGAGUCGGCUGAUUACCUCACAAAAUACGCCCCAGUUCAGACAUGUUAUCUGGACGAAGCAAAAACGAUAAUGAUUCCGCCACUACGAGCCUUCCCCGGGGUCACGCAAGGAUUCCCGGAUAAUGUUAUUGGGUCAUACGACGUUCUAGGGAUCAACAACGAUGUAUGCUUCGAGCGUUAUGGAAGACUGGGACCAUAUGGCUUGGGCUACAGCAGAAAGAUGGGUGGCACUGGCGCUGGCAUGGAAGGCGACCGAGAAAUGGCAGAGAAGGUCUGGGAAGACAUCCCCGAGGUCGAUUACCGCAACAUCAGCUGGAAGCAAGCGCAAGAUCGAUGCAUGGAGAAGAAUCAUCUCCGAUUCAAACCAAAACCGAAGGGCAGGAACCACUUUUUCGAGACCAUGGCCAUGAAUGGCCCUGAGGAUGAAACGGCUGACUCCAUCGAAACGCGAGAAGCGAAAGUAAAGGCAACUCCAUCUGCCAAUUCUACGUCUACUGAAAACCUCACAAAACUUCCUCGUACCGUUGUUUUGAUUCGUACCUGGUGGGACUAUAAUUACGACGAGGAAGACCUCCUCUACCUGCGUGCUCUCAUCUCCGAACUCAGCAUCCACUCCGGAGGCGAAUAUACCGUGCACUUCCUGAUCCACGUCAAAGACGACAACAAGCAGAUAUGGGCCGACGAGUCUAUUUACCAAUCUGUCCUCUCCGCAGCUUUGCCUGCCGAGUUCGCCGGCAUGGGGACCCUUUGGUCGGAGAGGCAAAUGGGCCUCAUCUAUGGAGGUGUCUCAGAGUCCUUCUACCGCAGCCUUCCCGUUCACGGGGCAUAUCGGAGCACAUACAUGCCUGUGCAAUACUUUGCACACCAGCACCCCGAGUUUGAAUACAUCUGGCAAUGGGAGAUGGACGUGCGUUAUACCGGCCACUUUUAUCAUCUUUUCGACCGCAUUGCCGCAUUCGCUCGCGCACAACCGCGAAAGGGUCUGUGGGAACGCAAUUCCCGCUUCUACAUCCCCGAAGAGCAUGGUAGCUGGGAGGACUUCAUGCAGAUGGUUCGCGUUCAAACCGAGCAUGGCACAAAUUCCCAGGCCAACAACUGGUCCAAGAAACUCCCCGCAAACCCCAAUGUACCCGAAUCGAUCACCGAGCCUAGUAAGCCAGAAAAGCCAAUCUGGGGUCCGGAACCUCCGUUGGACGAUGAGCUGGACUUGUCCGACGCGCCACAGCCUCCAACCGCCUACAAGGACGACGACUAUGUUUGGGGCGUCGGCGAGGAUGCUGAUUUCAUCACAUUCAAUCCUCUCUUUGACCCUGCCGGUACAAACUGGAUCCUCGCUGACGAUGUCACCGGCUACAACACCACGCGCGAACCUCCGCCUCGUCGAACCGCCAUCGUGACUGCAAGCAGGCUAUCAAGAAAGCUGCUUGAGACGAUGCACAGAGAGACUGCAAUCUACCGCCACACUAUGUUUUCUGAGAUGUGGCCGGGCUCCUGCGCUCUACAUCACGGCUACAAGGUUGUCUAUGCUCCGCACCCGGUCUUCAUUGAUCGACGCUGGCCUACAUCUUACCUCGCCGCUAUCUUCAACGGUGGGCGUAAUGGAGCUGCGGGUGGCGCCCGGUUGUCUGUCUUCAGCGAUGAGCGACAGCACAAUUUCCGAGGCACGACCUGGUACUACGAUGCGGGCUUCGCGCCGAACUUGUGGAAGAGGUGGCUCGGCUAUAAGGUCGAUAACGACGGGGGCGAACAAUACGAGACUUCUGGGGAGGGGCGGAUGUGUGUGCCAGCUAUGCUGCUACAUCCCGUCAAGCAGGUCGAUUUGGUGUUUGAGCAUGAAGCUGGAGAUGGAGACAAGAAGAAGGAUGGGUAAAUAGCUCAGAGUCGGGGCAGUGGCGUUUCUGGAGUUUCGUGGGAUGGGUUGGUUUCACGGUUCGCGUCGUUAAUGCAUCAUGGAAGACCCAGGAUGUAUAUAUGAGGGGUGCUGGACUACACCGAACAGGACUGCAUUAGGCGCUGGUUAAACUUCGUCAUGAGAGUGCACGGUCGGUCUUGUAGAUGUUUGUUAGCGCGGCGUAUACGAUAUUCUUGUUAGUGUAUAUAACGUUUUGUGAUAUGAAUUAUCGUGUCAGUAAGCUACUCAAGUUGGCGCCUAAAAAGAAGGGUUCAUAAUAUAGUCACAUUUUCCAGAAGCACGAAACCUCUUCUUAGUAUUCAAGUAGGAAGAGAUAGAUAUUCACA